CAUCCUUCUACGACGCUGAAGACAACGAAAUUUGGCACAUUGAGAUCUUUCUCGGCGUCAUACCACCUCCUACUCUUCCCCCGGAGUUGACUCAACAGACAACUGCAUUUCCUUCUCAAGCCCCCAACCUCGCUUUUCUCCACCAAUACCUUCCCAAUCACCGAACGAACUUUCCAACCACAAUGUCGGGCUUUGCAGGUGGUUGGAACCCCGCUUCCGGCUGGGAUGCCGGCGGCCCUCCUCCUGUCGCCGGUGCUGGUCAGGCUGUCAAUGGCGGUGUGUAUGGAUACGGAGGCGGCUAUGGAUACCCUAUGCCCACUUUCGGCACUGGAGCUAUCGACUAUGGUACUUAUAACCUUGCAGGAAUGAUGCCGGGAACCAACAUGAUGCCCCAGCAGUCAUAUGGUGUUCCUGGUCCACCGAACGGUCAAGGCCCCGUAUACACCAUGAAUGCAAAUGGGUAUAGCCCUGCUAUGCCUGUGUUCCCCGGUCAGCCUCGCAACCUACAGCCUCACCCCGUUGUCAACCCCGAUGUACCUGCUCUUAACUUGCAGAACAGCACGGGCGGUGCUGGCUGUGAACCGGGCUAUAACUACUACUUCCCGGCAGAGCACACCAAGCUUCACGUGCUCAAGUCGCGCGAGCCUCCGUGGCGUCUGCCACCCAGCAUGAGCCUUGCAUUUUGUGCUUACCAUGUUCCGGUCAACACGACCCUCGGUGACCUGAUGAAGGGUUUCGGUGCCACUAACCCGACUCCUAGGAAGAACAGGAUCACGGAGGUUGUCCAGGGUGGCAAUGGAAAGUGGUACAAGGGUAUUACUUUCUGUGCUGAUGAUAAGGAUAACAUGAAGAAUACUCUCAAGGAACUUGGUUGGGACAGGAGUCGCACUGGCCGCACUGGCGUCGGCGAGAAGCCGGUUGUUUGGCUUUGGGUCACGAAGGACUAACUUGGUGAUGCUUAUUCUGGCGGGUGGCACGACGAUUAGGGAGUUCCGGGAUACCACGGUUGACAUUGCGUUGGUUUCUGGUUGCUGGUACUGAUGAAAGUAAUGGUUUUGGAUUUUGGGGCUCAUAGUACAUGGCAUGACGUACUAGCCUGGCGUUGACUUUACUCUGAGAUGUAGUUUUGGCGGCAUUGCGUUUGCGUUUGCUGCGGUGGAUUAUUUGAGCACUCCCUCUUCACCAAGUCAAUGGUCAGCAUUUUUAUUCUCGUUGAACACGUAUCUACAGACACAAUGCAU